UGCGGGCAGGCCCGGCGCUGCGGCCCGUCCGCCCGCUGCCCCGGCGCGGCCCCGGGGACAUGGUGGCGGGAUGGCCCGGCCCGCCGACACCUUCCCGUUGCACCGCCUCGUCUGGCACAACCGGCACCAGGCGCUGGACAGCGCCCUGCGCUCCGGCACGCACGACGUGGAGCUGACGGACCCCCGUGGCCGGACCCCGCUGGAGCUGGCCGUGUCCCUGGGCCACCUGGAGUCGGUGCGGGUGCUGCUGCGGCACAACGCCAACGUGGGCCGGGAGAACGCCAACGGCUGGACGGUGCUGCAGGAGGCGGUGAGCACGGGGGACCCCGAGAUGGUGCAGCUGGUGCUCCAGUACCGCGACUACCAGCGGGCGACGCGGCGGCUCGCCGGCAUCCCCGAGCUGCUCAGCAAACUGCGCCGGGCAUCCGACUUCUACGUGGAGAUGAAGUGGGAGUUCACCAGCUGGGUGCCGCUGGUCUCCAAGGUGUGCCCCAGCGACGUCUACCGCGUGUGGAAGCGGGGCGAGAGCCUGCGGGUUGACACCACGCUGCUGGGCUUCGAGCACAUGACGUGGCAGCGCGGCCGCCGCAGCUACAUCUUCAAGGGGGAAGACGAAGGGGCGGUGGUGAUGGAGGUGGACCACGACAAGCAGGUGGUCUACACGGAGACGCUGGCCCUGGCCUUGCACGAGCCCGACCUGCUGCUGGCGGCCAUGCAGCCCUCGGAGGAACACGUGGCCGGGCGGCUGACGUCCCCCAUCGUCUCCACGCACCUCGACACCAGGAACAUCGCCUUCGAGCGGAACAAGUCGGGGAUCUGGGGCUGGCGCUCGGAGAAGAUGGAGGUGGUCAGCGGCUACGAGGCCAAAGUGUACAGCGCCAGCAACGUGGAGCUGGUCACCAAGACGAGGACGGAGCACCUCUCCGACCAGGACAAGUCACGCAGCAAAGGCUCCAAGACCCCCUUCCACUCCUUCCUGGGCAUCGCGCAGCAGCAUGGCACCCACAACGGGGCGCCCGUGCUGCAGGCUGCCAGCCCCACCAACCCCACCGCCAUCACCCCCGAGGAAUACUUCGACCCCCACUUCGACCUGGAGACCCGCAACAUCGGGCGCCCCAUCGAGAUGUCCAGCAAGGUGCAGAGGUUCAAGGCGACGCUGUGGCUGUGCGAGCAGCACCCGCUGUCGCUGGCGGAGCAGGUGACGCCCAUCAUCGACCUCAUGGCCAUCUCCAACGCCCACUUCGCCAAACUGCGCGACUUCAUCACCCUCAAGCUGCCCCCCGGCUUCCCCGUCAAGAUCGAGAUCCCCCUCUUCCACGUGCUCAACGCCCGCAUCACCUUCAGCAACCUCUGCGGGUGCGACCAGCCGCUGGGCUCCGUGCGGGUGUGCGCCCCCACCCAGCCCCCCGGCACCCACCCCCCCGGCCCCAGAGGCUGGCCCUUCCCGUGCGAGGUGGAGGCGGGGGUGUUCGAGGUGCCGGCGGGGUACACGGUGCUGGGCGCGGGGCGCAGCGAGCCCCUGCGGGACGAGGAUGACGACCUGCUGCAGUUCGCCAUCCAGCAGAGCCUGCUCGACGCCGGCACCGAGACCGACCAGGUGACCAUUUGGGAGGCGCUGACCAACACCCGCCCGGGCGUCGACCCGCCCCCCUACGACGAGGACCUCCAGCUGGAGCGGGCCCUGCAGGAGAGCAUGCUGCUGCAGGCCGGCCCCAGCGCCGACCCCCCCGGCAGCCGGGACCCCCCCCGGGCCGGCGGCGGCAGCCCCCCGGCACCCCCCGGUUACGGCAGCUUCGCGGAGCAGCUGCGGUUAGCCAUGGCGCUCUCGGAGCGGGAGCAGGAGGAGCGGGAGCGGCGUCGGCGGGAGGAAGACGAGGAACUCCAGCGCAUCCUGCGUCUCUCCCUCACCGACAAGUAGCGCCGGGGCGUCCCGCGCGGGGACGGGGACGGUCCCGCGUGGGGGACACCCCCCGCGAGGACAGGGACGGUCCCGCCGGUACCGCCUCGCCCGGGAACCGCCAAGCACGGCCUCGCACG